AUGAGUCCCAAGAAAUCUUUAACAGCCACCAACCUUGCGAUCUAUCAGCAACUUGACUGCGAUCUUUAUAUCCACAAUGUCUACAAUGACACCGGUAGCUCAGGGCCUCACGCAGCCACCGCCAGUCCUUCGGAAUUGUCUAAGGCACACUUCAAGCGUGGUUUAGACUGGGAGGCGUAUCUUUACUCGUGGUUGGAUGCCUCGCAACUUCUCCUCAAGGUUCCUUCCGUUCCAUUGGACGGACCAUCCAGUCUUUUGGAAAAUAUUCUCGCUGACGAUCGAAAGCAUUUUUUCAUAACCGGCCUUUCAUUUUGGCCUCCAAAAGCCGGGCUUGCAGAUCGCUUUUCAAGUUUUAGAAAUGAACCGCUUACAUUUGGUCUUGCUAAACCGGACUUGCUUGAAAUCAAGCAAACCGACACCGGUAUCUAUUGGAGAGUUAUUGAUGCUAAAGCUUCAAAACAUGUCAAGACAUCUCAUCACAUUCAAAUAUACUUUUAUACUCUUUGUCUGAACUAUCUCCUUACUCAACCACACUUCAGAAAUGCAGAUAGUGCUGGAAUCUGGCUUGCUCCGCAAGAUGGCUUCGAUGUAUUUCCGCCAUCCAUGGACGACAUAAAAACCAUAACAAUUUCUCUCCUAUCUCCCACUUUGGACACCCUCUUGUUUCGAGAUCUCCCUAAAAUUAUCUCGAAGCCUGUCGAACGUGUUAAAUGGCAUUAUAAUCCUUUAUGUCGCGGGUGUCGUUUUGAGUCAGAAUGUAGGCCCAGGGCGCAGGCUCAGGGCGAAUUGGGAAGUAUGCCAAACAUCUCUAUAGACGACGCGAAGACAUUGCAAGAUCUUUUGCGCAUUUCUCGUGUAUCGAGCAUACCCAAUUCAGGUGUGCGUUUACCGGACAUUGAAGAAUUGCACCAGCUUGUUGGCAAUACCACAAAAUUUGAAACUAUCGCAAAGUCUUCGCCAAUCAUUGUCAAGAGAGCCAAGCAUAUAUUGGGUCUCCCAAAGAAGACACGAAUGCAGAAUGUUGCAGCCUACAGUCCAGCGAUCGAAGCAGUUCGAAGAAACAAUGUACAAGUGAGCCAAUUGCCAGAGGAUGUCGCGAAAAAAGAUGUAGCGAUUGUUCUAUCUGUUGUCAACGAUCCUUCAUCGCCCAACUCGAACGGAGACUAUUUCUGUGUUACGACACAUUGUAAGAUCGCCAACAUCGUCCUUCCGACGUCUAUAUUGUGCUCAGCAAGCGCCAUCAUUGUUGAAUUGGCAGGACUGCUGCGGUUGGUCGACGCCGUCCUCAAAGACUGUGGAUCACCUUGUACAUCUCAGUUCUAUGUCUGGUCAUCUAGUGAACAGUCCUUGCUCCAAACCCAUAUCAUCAAUGCAGCACUAACUUCUACCUCAAAUGACCAAGAUAUUCGUAUGUGCAUAGGCGCUCUUGCACAAGGAGCUUCUCUACUACAAACAACAUUCCAACCUAUCUUGCUUUCUGGGGCUCUUCUCAAAUUUUUGGGGAAAGGCAAGCUACUGAAAGCGGAGUAUAAAGCAUGCUUAGAACGAAUGGGUCUGUCGUCCGAAGGUACCGUUGAGAUCCUUAAGAAGAGGGUUGAUAAUGAGGUUCGAAGGCUUCAAGAAUCAACCGCUCCUGGAUACCAACAGCGUCGCAAAGAACUCGGUCAACUCCCUCGUGUUGUUGUCUUGAAGAAAGAAAUCGAGCGACAGCUUGCCUUGCCCAUCCCCGGAUAUUGGGAUCUUCCUGAGUGUAUAUCUAUUCUUCUGCCUGGAGCUGAGGCAUGUCCUUCAGAAGAACAAAUUUUCGCCGCAUACAAGGAUCCACGAGAUGCCCAUGAACUUGGAAAACUUUUGUUGCGUCGGAAUACCUGCGUAUUCUACUUGUUGAAUGAAUUAAGAAACCGGGCCCUCUCAACAAACGGCACCUCACUACUGGUCAAUGAUGCGAAGAUAUUGUCAACCCAAUUUAUGGACCUCUGUAGAGAAACACACAUACGCAAACUAUUUUUUAUGCAGCAGUUUGAAGUUCUCACAAAGCUAAGCGAACUUUGGCAAGCACGCAUUGAUGCCUGUCCGGAGGCACCAACCCUCGAAUUCUGCAACGUCAUCCAAGGUAUCAACGGAGUUGAAUAUGUUUUCCGCCUCGUCUCCGGUGCCGUUGAUGUUCCGUCAUCAGACAGAGAUUAUGCUUUCUACGAUAAACUGCUGGUCCUUGACACUCCCGGUGUCUCAGGAAUGGAGGAUAGUGUUCCUGUUGAAGCACUCUUUGAUGAUUUAGGCGUAUCUGGGCUUGUAUUCCCGCUAAACCGAUAUACCAGAGCCAGCUGGUAUCAGCAACAUGGCAGGGUACAAAACGAGCUUUUGUUAGCUGAUGUUAGGAAUGUAUAUGCAGACCGUGACCGACCUCACACAUUAGUCUCCUUACGCACGUGGGGCACGGCAACAAUGAAGUUUGAGAAAGGUGCUAUCUAUCGUCUAUCGCCGCGUUUAAUUGAUUUCAACACCGCAAAAGUUCUAUCGUCGUUAUUUGAGAUAGAUCUUCAUUGGGGCUCAGAGGAGGAGUUUUACGAAGACGAUAAUUCACAUCCGCAUCGAGAUAUUCCUUUUCUUCAACUCAUCGUCGAGCCAACUUCUUUGGGCAAGGUUGCAGUGGCCAGACACUAUGUGAAGAUCGAACGGGAGAUUCAAAAACUUUUCCGUGAUCUCAAAGAUCUUGGCAAUAGUGUAGCGGGCACACUUGUACUCAAAGCGUCUCAGCACACGGCCACCCAACGUAUCCUUUCAAAUCGGUUGUCGGUGAUUUGGGGGCCUCCAGGGACUGGAAAAACAUAUACAAUUUCUCUCUCGCUUUUGCGCCUUAUUGAAGUAGAACGUCGGCAAUGUGGGCCACAACAGAAGGUCGUGUUCGUUACUGCCGUUACGCAUGCCGCAAUUGAGGCCUGUCGAAACAAACUUGUACAUUUAAUGGAUGCAUACCGAUCAAUAGAUGAUUUACCCAGCAAAUGGCUCGAUGAUGUCAAAAUUGAAGUAGUUUCCAAAGGCAGCGACCAUCCAGCCCCCUCGAAAUGUGGCAGCAACGUCCAGAUUUAUGCAGGAACCAUUUACCAGUUAUAUAAUUUCACCAAAAAAUGUUCAAUUCAAGUUGAUUGUCUCAUUAUCGAUGAGGCAGGCCAAAUUUCUCUUGGAUCUAUUUCUCUUGUAUUGCGGUCUCUUAGCCCUCAUGGUCGCAUAAUAAUUGCUGGAGACUCCGAGCAAUUGGCUCCCAUUCUCAGUGGACAAUAUCCUUUGCUCAAGUCAAAUGUGCUCUUUGGGUCCGUGUUAGACUGUAUCAUGUUCUCAAAGUCGGCAACAGCGUUUGCAGAGAAAUCUCGUUCCUCUUUGCCUAGUUCGGAUGACGACGCCGACAUGACAUCUACCCAAGGGACAAUAGUGCAGUUGAUAGAAAAUUUUAGGUUGAACCCAGAUCUAGGGGAAUUUGUGUCGACAAUUUACUCUCGUCAAUUUAAACCUCAGAAAUUUCAGGCACGCCAGCUAGCAGCUGCCCUUGGAACAUUGGCAGAAGGAGGGUGCCAAUAUCCGAACCCCAGUGUCCAGCAAAAUAUUACCAGUGCAGUGCAGAAGUUUUUCGUUGCAUUGUCUGACGUCAUGUUAAGACGACCUCAGUCUGUACUUGCGGAGCCGGAAGUGCACUCUAUAAACCCGUUUGCCCUGCUGAAAGGGACAUCCCAACUUGCGGUGGCACAUCGCCCUGUAUCUCUCUCCCUCAUCCAACUACGAAGCUGGUCGGCUCAUACUCCUCUUAUACCGUACGAGCUACAUGUGCAUGGAGAAGCCGCCGUAGCAGCCUCCCUGGUUGCAUCCUUACAAAAGUGUUGUCCAAAUGAUGACAUUUUUGUAGCAACUCCGCACCGAAUUCAGCGAGAAGCCGUGAAAGCUGCAUUGACUAGGGCAAACAGUCAACUUCCUAUGGACGUAGCUUUUGAAAAGAUGCAUCUUGCAAGUGGAGAUAGGAAACCCAACGUCAUUGUUGAUACAAUUGAACGACUGCAAGGUUCUGAAGCCGCCUUCGUAAUAUGGAUGGCAGUGGUCCAUCAUUGUGACCCUGUCUUCUUUGUUUUCAAAGAACGUUACAAAAUAGCUCAAUUCCUUAACGAUGCCACUUCUUUCGAGUAUGAACGACAUGCGAAAGAUACCCGCCCGAAUGGGGAGGUCUAUCAUGAAGUCUCAUCGAGUUCAGAUACCGAAGUACGAAAUGCCCAUACGAUUGCGACCAGUGAGCCUUCCGGAUGCAGCCCUAAUAGCACAACAUUGGCGAGUUCUGACGAUAUACAGUGGUUUCUCGCGUUUACCUGCAUUAUCAUGGUGCUACUUGGCUUUUUGGGGUUUACCAACUUCUCGAGGUCUCUACCUCUUAACGACAAGCUGCUACAUUUUUUGUGCUUUUGCAUUGCAACUAUCGUUUUCUACUUCAUUGUUGACGUCGAAGAAUCCUCACGAAGGAUUUGGUUUUGGAGAUACUCGGGGCUCAUCUUUACAACAAUUACAUGCGGCUUCUUCGGAGGCAUAAUGAGUGAAGUCGUUCAAUCCGCUCUUCCAUAUAAAGUAUUUGAUUGGGGGGACAUCUUUGCCAAUCUUUUGGGGUCAACCUUAGGACUUGUUGUAGCUUACUAUCUUGAACGUUAUUACCGCCAUAGAAGAGAGGCACGUAAAGCACUACUUCUCAGCAAACAAAACAAUCAACACCUCUUUGUUCAACAGAUUGCGCGUCUGUAUCGCCCUAUAUCAAGCUCGUAUUCUGAUCUCGAAGAGGACGAAGAGGAUAUUGAUUCUACGCAGCUUCUACCUACUCAUAAUGGUCACACUCAAGCAAAACACGCUGGGAAGUCAACACGACUGACCGACGUCUGGGACGAGCGUGAAGAACUAUUCGACAUUGGCGAUGGUGAUGACGAAAAUGAUCAGUCCCAACUUCAAGUUGGUCAUAGCUUGCAGAGACCUGAAAUGCCUCGCAUCGUAAUUUCUCAUCUGUGA